UCACCACCCUCAAUUUUUCUCAUUCCAGCUUUCUUCCUCACACCUAACCCUUUCUCUCUUUCUUUCUCUUCUCUUUGAUCCCAUCCGUUACCCUCAAGAAAUCCUCUUUCAAUCUUUUUUUCCUCAACAAGAUAUCACUACACAAAUGGGUUUUGAUUUUCAUUUCCUUUAGCUUGCUUUAAAGAUCAAUAUACUAGAAAUCAAAGCAAGAACAAGAAAAAAAAAAGAUCACCAUGAACUUGGAUCUCAAUCUUGAUAUCAUCUCUAGUGAGUCUUGUUGCGAUGGUUACCAUCUCAGCAGCAACAAGAACAAGAAUUUGUUAGUAUGCAGAGAGCUUGAGAAUGAUAAACUCAAAGCAGAAGAAGCUGCUUGCAGAGCUCAAAUGGAGGAUUCAGCCAUAUCUAACUCCUCCAUUAUCAUCAACGUACAAGAAGCUUUAACCAACCCAGCAGAUGACGAGAACUCUUCAAACUCUGCAUUGAUUUUUGAUAUCUUGAAGAAAGAGAGAUUAAACGAUGGCAACCACGGCAAUAAUGCUUUCAAAGAGAGCAACCCACUUCGAGAUUUCACCACCCACCAACUUUUUCCUCAGAGAAAUACUGGGCUUGAAUUGGAUUUCAAGUCUGGAUUUCCUAAGAUAAUGCCACAGUGGUUGAAAUUAUCACAGAUGGAGCCUAGUGGUGAAGCAGAGCUGAAAAUUGUGCAGCAAAAACAGCAGCAAAUGAGGAAGAGCAGGCGAGGUCCCAGGUCCAGAAGCUCUCAGUAUAGAGGAGUAACAUUUUACAGAAGAACUGGCCGCUGGGAAUCUCAUAUUUGGGAUUGUGGGAAGCAAGUAUAUUUAGGUGGAUUUGACACUGCCCUUGCUGCAGCAAAAGCAUAUGAUAGAGCUGCAAUUAAGUUCAGAGGAGUUGAUGCUGAUAUCAACUUUGAUCUAAGAGACUAUGAUGAAGAUAUGAAGCAGAUGAGAAACCUCAGUAAAGAAGAAUUUAUUCAUACUCUUCGUCGCCAAAGUACUGGAUACGCUCGUAAUAACUCGAAAUACAGAGGUUUAACUCUUCACGAAUGUGGUAGAUGGGAAGCUCGAUUAGGACAGAUCAAUGCAAAAAUGGCUUAUGAUAAGGCAGCUAUCAAAUGUAAUGGAAGAGAUGCAGCAACCAAUUUUAAACCCAGUGUUUAUGAAGGGGAGAUCAUUUUUUGUCCAAGCAGUAGAGGGAUGAGUGACCAUAAUCUUGAUUUGAGCCUUGGAAUGUCUGCUGUAACUAAAGAUUCGAAGGCGAAUAACAAAGUUGAAAGUUCUGCUUCUAAACCAGAAGGUGUACAGACACUUCAUAGUCUGCCAAUAGCAUCAAAGAACCUUCCAACAUUGUCUGGCAUAUAUCCUGGAUUUUUACAAAGGAAUCAGGAAAGGGCUGAAGAGAAGAGGAUCGAACCGGAUUCUACGACGAAAAGCUCAAGCUGGGGAUGGAAAAUAAAUGGAAACAACAACAACAACAUUAAUAAUGUUGCUAAAGUUUCAGAGAUGUCAUCAACAGUUGCAGCAUCAUCAGGAUUCUCUUCAUCAGCAACAGUCACUGCCACUACUUCAAUAGCCUUUGCAUUCAACCAGCAAACUGAUAAUAAUUCUAUGAACAAUCUUUGCCUUGCAACACCAACCACAAACUCCUACCAUUACUACUCCAACAGAAGCUGACAUUAACACUUUUAAGAGUGCUAGCUUUUGUCACUUUGCUCUUUAGAAUAUUAGUUGAGCAACAGCAAUUAUUAUUCAGUAGGACCCACUUUCUGUUUAGAGUGUUUCAUACAAUCUGAAGGAAAGAUUUGUCUUCACCACUGCCAUGUAAAAAUCCUUUUUUUAUUCUUCCAUUAAUGGCUUCAAGCAAAGGGAAGAUGAGACUUUUCCCCCCGAAGCUUCAUUUGACAAAGAAUUUGUAUGUAAUGAUUAAAACAACUAGAUGAUC